AUGAUGGUAUAUCUCAUAAACUGUAUUUACUGUAUCAUCCUUGGAGAAUCCAAAAAUGAGCAUGAUCGGGCUGUACUGAAAGAGACUUGGACCAAGCCCUGGAACAAUGCAAAGCCCUAAUGUACUAAAAGCGAUAGUUUGUUUAAUAUUAAAAAGAUGACGUGGAUACAGAUGAGAAAAACUUACAACUACAUCUUUGAAAACUAUGGCAAGAACUACAUCUGGUUUUUCCUUGCACAUCCCACUACAUUUGCUGGCACUGAAAGUUUAAAGUAGCUUCUGUUUACUAGGGAAGCAUCACAUCCCUCCUAUCUGGCCAUAAUAACAUCUGGCAACUUGAAAUACAUGAAUAUGGAAAAAGGAAUUGUCUUAAGUAUAGAGUCUAUGUAAAGAGUUAGCCUUCUCAAGACUAAAAAGUGUACAGAUCUAGUAAUUUAGAAGUUAUCUAAAGACAUGCAGCUGGCAGUGUGCCUCAACUAUGCAGGAGUUCUUGCAGGUGCAGAGGAUUCUGAAGAAAGAGCUGUAUUUAAUACAAAAUCAAUGCUGAUUCAAGGGACAAUAUCUAGUAAUACUCAGCAAGUAGUAGAAAGCUGCUGUUCAGGCAUGGCUAGUACUUUCAAUGGACUAAUUCCAAAGAGAUUAGUAAUAAUGUAUGGCAGGUACCAGAUAAGAGCAUUUGAACAUUAUUCCACACUGGUUUUCUUGCCUCAGAAUGGGGCAGAACAUGAUGGAGGGCAGGUGAAUAAUAGAACAGUGCUCUCCAAGAGCACUUGA